GCCAGUGCGCUCGCGUCCUCCGCUAUGGCCACACUCUCGCGCACGCUUAUAGCGCUGCUCGCGCUCGGCGCGUGCGCCGCGCUCAUAGACGACGCGCUGGACGUCAUACGUUUAGGGAAAGAGAUCGGCGAAGAGGUGUUAAACUCUUGGGAUAUAGUCGGAAAGUCGUUCAACGCGUCAGGGGGUGUCGAGUUGCCGAUAAUUAAGAGGAAGGAGAGGGUUAUUUUAUCGAAGUUAGCUCAGGUUUCGCGCGCGAUACAGAGGUUAGAAUUGGGGGUGGAGAAGACUGCUGCUGUCGCUGAGCUGUUAGCUAAAAGCGGUGGUAGGGGGGCACGAUUAGAACUCCGCUUGCACGAGAUGGCGGACCUUUUAAGUAGGGUAUCAUCAGCCAAUAGACAGAUGCGGGAAUACGUGAGCAUCCAGCAGGAGUUGGAGCCGAGUACGCUGCAGGACUUCGCGGAGUGGUGCGUGUCGCACGACCCCGGCGCGCUGCCGGGGUUGCUUGAGCGGGUGCACUCGCUGGUCGUGCCGCCGCAUACGCAUCUGCUCGGCCGGGGGAUCCUGCAGCUCGUCUUGGAUGAUAUACAGGAACAGAGCCAGGACCUGUGCGAGCUGCAGAUGUCGCCGCACCAGCUCAUCUACGACAUGUACAACACCAUCGCCCUCACGGAGAUCAAGGGCUACGCCAUGAUGCAGUUCUCCUGGAUCCUGCUCAAGAUCUACGGGAAAGGCAACUACACAGAGGAAGCCAGUCUGACGCGACAACGCUACGCCGAACGGACGGAGAAGACAGCAGCCGCCGCCAAAGCAGCACUCGCUAUGUCCAAACGAGGGGUCUACCGAUGUGAUCCCGCGCAGCACAAAGAAGGUGAAACCUUCGCGCAAGUUACUCGCCUACUGCAGGGCUACAUCGAGAACGAAGUGGACAUGAACACGGACGGAACGUGCCGGGACAACUGCGCGUACUAUUCGUUAGCUGAGCGCACGGGCUGCUUUAAAGAGCUGUACUGCGCGAAGCAGAGGCCGUGCAAUGGGAGGAUUCUUAACUGCCAGUAUAUUGACUCGGAUAUGUGGGUCUGUCCUGCGGGUCGGAACAGCAACCGGCGGUACGAGUGGAUCGAGUACGAAAACGGGCGGACCCUCGGCCGAGCCGGCAGGUGCACGCUGGGAACCACCAAGGUGGACUCUUGGUGGCGCUGGAACCUCCAGCACUGCUCGUACUGCAUGUGUCUAUGCGAGGACCCGGCGUCGGAGGCCGAGCGCGUCUUCAGCUUAAGGGAGGCCGUGACGGACUUACAGAAGAACAAGGUAGUAACAGGACUGCGUAUUGUGAAGCUCGGCCGAGUAUUCCACCUGCAGAUCAGCGAGGGCGUGCUCGGUGAGCGAGGGGCUGUCACUCCUAGUGGAUGGGUGCCAGUCGUCAAGUUCGACCCCGCGGAUGUAGGCGUGGCUGAGACCGAUUAUCACACGUUGACCUACGAGCAGCGAGCGAUAGAUUUGGACGAACUGGACUCGCCCAAGGGCCACGUGUUGACUGGAGUCAGGUGGCGAAUGAUCGGUGCGCAUCUACACUUCGAGAUCAGAUCCACACCUUUCAACUACACCACUGGUCGCCUCGCACCCGACAGAAGCCAGUGGAUCAGCAAUGACAACACAGAGGGUGCGGAUCAACCAAGGAAACGCCUAGAGUUGUAUAAGCCAGACGUGCCGACGCGCAGCGCGGCGCCCAUGCCGGUGGACUCGACGCACGACCAGUACGUCGAGUUCGUCAACUCCGACUUCGAGGCGGACGCGGCGCAAACCACGGUCCCCUUCCUGGAUGUGCAGCCCGUCGAGCCCAUGAAGGGAGCGUCGCUGGCGAGCGGCGCGGGCGUCGUGCACCGCGGCUCGCGCGGCUCGGGCGGGUUCGUGACCGUGAAGCUGUUCACGUACGACUACAGCCCGCACGUGCGCGCCGACCCGCCGCCCCACCACGAGCCCGACUUCGUGCCGCUGCCCGUCGUCAAUUAGAUGGGUUUAAUACGUUGCUCACUACAGAGGAUGCAUAACUGUACAACCUACAGUCAG